AUGCCUCCUAAGCCUCCGCCGCCGGUGCCAAAGACGCCACCCCCUUCGAAAGCAUCAACUCCUGCAAAGCCACCACCACCUGCGAAGGCGGCUCCCGCAAAGACACCGCCUCCUGCGAAGGCAACAGCUCCUACAAAGACGCCACCGCCUGUAAAAGCGACACCGCCUGCAAAGUCAUCAACUCCAGCGACGGCACCACCACCUGCCAAAGCACCACCUCCCGCAAAGACUCCGCCUCCUGCGAAGGCACCAGUCCCUGCAAACACGUCACCGCCUGCAAAAGUCACACCAGACAAGCCUUUGCCAGACAAGAAGGCAGAUCCAUCCAAGUCUUCCCCAGACAAGAAGCCAUGGAACCCACCUUUCAAGAACCCAUUCGCGCCCAAGGAUCCAGCGGUGCCCAAAGAUCCAAAGCAGAAAGGUCCUCUAUCUAUGCAGUCUCUGAAAGACCUCAAGAAGCCCUUCCACAAGGGGCAAUCUCGCUCGAGAAGCGUAUCGUCGUUAAAAGACGAGCCACCAACCAAGAAGAACAACAGACCACCGCCAUCGCCUGAGGAUUUGCGCCUAGCCAAGGCUCUCUUACCUAUCGCGCCUGCUGUGUCGAGUGCGUUGGCUGGAGCUAGCAAUCCGGCGAUCCUGGCCACCUUGUUGUUAGGUUUUCUCACGCUCAAUAUUGGUGGAGCCAUUCUGGCUGCUGUUGAGAUCCACAAGGGAGAAAAAGCAUCGAAUUCAGCCAGCACGUCUUCCAGCAAUACUUCGUCCUCCAACAACGCUUCUUCCUCCAACAAUGCUUCGUCCUCACAGAAUGAUUCAUCAUCACGGAAUGCAUCGUCUUCAUCGAGCAGCUCGUCAUCCUCGUCAAGCAGCUCUUCAAGCAGUUCUUCAUCAAGCAGUUCAUCGAGCAGUUCUUCAAGCAGUUCUUCCUCGAGCAGCUCAGGCUAA